AUACAAAGUAUGGUGAUAAAUGAUAUAAAACCACGUGUCUCCAGAUUAAUCUGGCAUAUGCAGAGAAAUCAAUUUUUGCUGCUACAACUUAAGACCCUUAAAAAACAACAUCUGAUAGUUAGCGAAACAGUGCAAACGCUAAAUACAAUCUUUAGCCUGCAACUUCUAGCUACUAUAGUUUUAUUUUAUUUUGAAAUCACUUUCGAAUUGUACGCCUAUAUAGUGCGCUGGAAAGAUGGGGUAUUGAUUAACUUAGAAUGGCAAUUUUUUGAUGUACUUUUGGCAUCAAUGAUGUUUUAUAUCAUGAAAGUAACAUUACUUGUGUUGGCCUGCGAGACCGGCAAGAAUCAAGCCCAAGAAAUCGGCACUACCAUUCACGACGUACUUAACAGCAUCAGCGAUGAGCAAAUAAAAGACGAAUUGCAGUUGUUUUCUUUACAAAUUAUGCAUUGUAAAAAUAUAUUUUCGCCAAAAGGUCUCACUGUGAACGCAUCGCUUGUUACGACAAUAGUGGGCAGCAUUACAACCUAUAUGUUAAUUUUGAUACAAUUUUUGAUCACGUCACAUUCUUGCGAUGGAAACUCUAUAACCUACAUUCAUGAGGAAUUCAGAAUUUUAUAAAAGAAGAUACAGAAUAAAACUAAAGUUUUUAUACUUACAUAGAAAUGAUUUUAUUAUAAUCGUACAGUACUGCUCACACAC